GAGACACGGAGGGAGACAAGAUGGCGGCGGCGGCGUCGCAAGGCGGGAGAAGCGGCGGUGGCGGAGGCAGUAGUGGGGCUGGCGGCGGCCCCAGCUGCGGAACAGGCAGCAGCCGCAGUGGUUUGUUGGAUAAGUGGAAGAUUGAUGAUAAGCCUGUAAAAAUUGAUAAGUGGGAUGGAUCAGCUGUGAAAAAUUCUUUGGAUGAUUCCGCCAAAAAGGUACUCCUGGAAAAAUACAAGUACGUGGAGAACUUUGGUUUAAUUGACGGUCGCCUCACCAUCUGUACCAUCUCCUGCUUCUUUGCCAUAGUGGCUUUGAUUUGGGAUUACAUGCACCCCUUUCCAGAGUCCAAGCCAGUUUUGGCUUUGUGCGUCAUAUCCUAUUUUGUGAUGAUGGGGAUUCUGACCAUUUAUACCUCAUACAAGGAGAAGAGCAUCUUUCUUGUGGCCCACAGAAAAGAUCCUACAGGAAUGGAUCCUGAUGAUAUUUGGCAACUGUCCUCCAGCCUCAAAAGGUUUGAUGACAAAUACACCCUGAAGUUGACCUUCAUCAGUGGGAGGACAAAGCAGCAGCGGGAAGCCGAGUUCACCAAGUCCAUCGCCAAGUUCUUUGAUCACAGCGGGACACUGGUCAUGGAUGCAUAUGAACCUGAAAUAUCCAGGCUCCAUGACAGUCUCGCCACAGAAAGAAAAAUAAAAUAGCCAAUUCUAAAAGCUCUCUUUCUGCUGGAUCAUAUGAGUUACUGGUGGGUAGGGAAGAAACAGAAAGCUUAAACUUGGUCGAGUAUGAAAUGUUCAAAAAUGCCCGUUUAGUCCACUCUGGAUAAAUAGAAUUUCCUAGCACAGAUAUGCAAAGUUGUAUCUUUGACCACUAGCUGUAGCCUCCUUGGUCUGCUGGGUGGGUUUUUUGUUGUUGUUACUGUUUUUCCUUUAGAAGCAUUUUUUGUGAAAGCCAAGCAUACUUUUCCUUUGUACUUAAUAGUACUUUAUUUAGUAUAGCUUUGUGCCAUGCAGCGUUUGAACGCUCAGUUCUUAAGAACCGCUAACCUUGCUGGGCGGUGGUGUUCACCUACAAUCCAGCACUUGGAAGGUUGAGGAAGGGGGGUCCUGGACUGUAGAGCCAGGCCUUAUCUUGGGGAGUGGGUGUUGUUAACUUGUUGCUGACUUUGUGUUAAUCCCUGCCUCAGCAACUCUUUCCUUCCAUCCAGGAUACAACUUCUCAUGUAUGAGAGCUUUCCUUUACACACCAUUUUUGUGGGUGUGUAUAUAUAUUUGACUUGGGGAGAAUUAUUUUAAAAAAAAUACGAACUAGCUUUUUGUUUAAAAUCGACCUGCCUAUUACAUUUUGUGCUCUUAACCAAUUAAAGAAGCCAGUGGCAUUUUUAGUUUUAUAUGCUCUAUGUUUUCCACUAGUAUGUUCCUAUUGAUUUGUUUGUGCCCUUUAUUAACUGCCAUUUUCUAAAAUUUUUUUCAAUAAAUGAAAGAAGAUGUGAAAACGUGGAGUCCUAGUCUUGAAAGAAGGAACAGCGCAGCAAGUGCUUUACUGCUUGUGAUGGAGUCCCUUCUAGGCUGGUGAGAACCUGGAGCCAGGGCUGCUUAGUUCUAGGGAUAGCAGCGACACUCAGCGCUGGUUUUGUGCUCUGGGCACUUUAUAUGCAUUGACUUGCGGAUGCCCACAGUUGUUCUCAGUGGCAGCUACUGUUCCUUACUUUACACAGGAGGAAGCCAAGACAUAAAAGUUAACAGUUUGCCACACAGAUGCUUCUAGAAUGGGAACUUAAAUCUUAGUAACCUGGCUCCAGAGGUUAUGCUCCUUCAGAAACAAAACAACAGUACUUUUUUUUCCUCCAGCAUUUUCUCAACCUGGUCAGAGAACUGGGCGCUUGACCAAGUCUUGUGACUCUUAGGAAUAUUGUACCUCUAGACAUUCAGGAGUAUAAUUCUAACUAAAUCUAGUGCCUAAAACUAUAUUCACUUUAUGAGAAAACACCUGGAGAGCACUGGGAAUGUUGUCCUGUCUAGCACUACCCAGUGGAGAGUGUGAGACAAGACUGGCCAGAUGUUGAAGCCUUGGAUUCUCUACUAUACUCUUUCCUAUAAAAGCCUUUGGUAAGUCAGAGUUCCUUGAGCUUCCAAUCUGCCCCUGCCCCCUCUUGUAAAAGUAAUAAUGCAGGGCCUGAGAAGGUGGCUCAUUUAAUAAAGUGCUUGCCAUGCAAGCAUAAGAGCCUGAGUUUGGCCCCAGAAUCCAUGUAAAAAGAAGCCAGAUGUGGUGGUACAUUUGUAAUCCCAGUAAAACGUUCAAAUAAACCCACUUAGGGACUUGGACUGCAGGGAUCUUACAGUUUCCCCUUGCCUCAAGCCAGUUUAAGCAGUUUAGAUGUAUUGAGGAAGCAGUUAGCAGCCCAGCCGAUUGGGGCACUGCCACCACCCUUGCACUGGUGGCAUUCAUCGUGUAUAAUUGUCAGUCACAUGAACCAGAAACACUCUGCAGACUCCAGCUUCAUGACCGGCACUUGGUGAGACUGCAGAGUGUCUCCUGAGAGUUGGAAUGGUGGUUCACUGCAGCCUGUUUGGGCUGCUGCUGGGCUGCUGCUGACCCUCUGGAUCUGCGGCGCCCUUCCUCCUGGAAACCCCAGAGCCUAUCACAUCCUCCUGUUUUUCAGCUCUUCUCCUGCCUCCGUGAACUUAAAUUUCAAGCAGAAAGAACCACUAAAGAGAGGAAAGGCCAUUAUUUGCAAAUUUCUGCAAUUUAUUGUUUGUAAUGCUUUCAUAUAUAUCUCAGAGACAACACUUUUUGCUUUAGAACUUCAGGGAAUGGAAGGAGUUGUGAAACCUCUCUCUGAUUCACUCAGCCUGCGAAGACCUCUUUCACUAACUGCUUUUGUCUACUCUUACUGAUCUGACUGUGCCUAAGCCUUGUCUCCACAACAGACACCACAGGACAAGCCGCUACAGUCACGCUGAUUUUUAUAGAGUAUACCCGCCCUCGCUGACCACAUCCUCUGUUAUUAAAUAGAACAGUCUGAACGCAGCUAAGGGUGCACAUGCUUAGGUCUCUUCUGAUGUCUAUACCACUUUAAGAAUCAACAAAGAUUGUAAACCUGAUUAUAAAGCUGGAUGUGGUGAUGCACAUCUGAAAUCCCAGGCUAGGGAGACAAAGGGAGGAAGAUGGCUAUGGAUGAGGCCAGCCUAGUCUACCUACCUAGCACAUUACAGCUCAACCAGGGCUAUGUGGUGAGACUGUCUCCAAUAAAAUCCUUGGACCUGUUA